ACAGAUCCCGUAAUCACGUCAACAUCAACACAAAUGUUCUGUCAACAUAACACAAGUUCAAAUAAAUAAGGUAGUAUUUCAAAAAUAAUUAAAUGAGUCAAGAUUUCCGAUAUAGGUGUUUUUUCGGGUUUUAUAAUUGUUUCGACAGUGCUGUACACUAUUUAGGUGUGUAGUUUUCUGAUACUUGCCUCUGGAUUGAGUGAGGAUUUAGUUAAAUAAAUUAGAGAAGAACGACGAAGAUUUCAAGGGGCAGCUAAUUCGGGACAGAAGAGUUGGAACUCGACUACCAAACACUAAGGAAGAAUCGAAAUCGAUCGAUGGAUGGAAGGAAUUAAACUACGAGAUUUCUGAAUUAAAGAAUGAGAUUUCUGAAACAUAAUUUGAGACGGAGCACUUGAGGAGAGUGAACUUAGGGAUAAAUUCGACAGAGCGGAAGAAAAACAACAAUCAGCAAAAAUGUUCCAGUUUAUGCGGAAAGGUGAAAAGGACAAAAAGCCGGCCAAAGGACAAACACCAGUUACGGUCACAUCGUCCUCGAGCAGUUUUAGCAAGAAAGUGAAGGAUAAAUUAUCUCCAGAAGAUCUUCACCGGCUGGAUGAGAUCAGGAGAAGUUUUAAACUGGGAAAGGCCAAGAAGGAGAAACAAAAGCUACCAAGUGGGAUUACUGCAGAUUACAGUGAAAAUUUUAUGGUUCAACCUCCCGUUCAACAAUCUGUAACGAUGCCAUCACUCCGAGGACCUUAUGGUGACAGCAGGAGUAAUAGUCUGGAAGGAUAUGGUGUCUCCGUCUCGGUGACACAUUCAGAUAGCAGCGAAUCAUCACUUUCUGCAAAAUCAUUAAACUUACCUGUUCCACCAGUGCCUAUGAUGCCGCCUGAAAUCCCAGCAAAGCCUCCAAGAGCGCCACCUCCUUCGGCUUAUCAUCAGUCUGCUCGAAGUCCUCCUCCAGUCCCUGCUAGACCAUCCACGACUCGGUAUUCCAGUGAUUACAGUGCCGGGGAUACUAUUUCUCAGCAGGCCUACAGUCCAUCCCGACCACCCACGUCUGCAAGUACUUCGAGCUUUACUCCAACCUUUGUCACACCACCACAAAGUCCUAACCAUAAUGUGGUAUCCGCUACAAAGUUCUACGUGGAUCCAGAAAUUGAUUUAGGGGACCAAGUCAAUCCAAAGCCAACAAUCAAACAUGGAUUUUACCGAAUUGUCAAUGUUAAGCGACUCCCCACGGGUGACUUUGGAUUUUCCGUGAGGAAAGCAUCCGUUAGUACAAAGACAGGAGGGAUGGAGUCCAUCCUGUUCGUAGAACCGUCCCAGGGUCAUGGAGUACGAGAUUUUAGUAAUGGUUUCCUUCUCCCAGGAGACAGAUUAAUUGCAGUUAACAAUAUCAGAUCCGAUUCUAAAACAAGGGACGAGAUGAUCGAAAUGAUCACUUCUUCUUCUGGAUCUGUAACCUUGAAAGUACAAUCGGCGUCACAUUGGAUUGAAAAUAUCCAUAAAAUUAAUCAUGAACAGGAUGAAAACGGGUAUUCACAAAAAGACUCAAACUGUGUGUGGUUGGUGCAUAAAAGCGGAUUCGUAAAAGGUCGCGUCAUCGAAAGAAUUGAUGAAGCUGGGCGAUGUAAAGUACAACUUGAUAACGAAAGUCGUAACAAUCAUAGUCCUUUCUCUGGUACAUCUCCUACAGUCAAUGCUGAUGCUUAUUCUCAGCAGACGUUUAUGGUGUCGGAAGACGAUGUUGAAGCGAUGAAUCCUCCUUGUAUGGACCUUUCCCCGCAUUUAUGGAGCUUGAAUAUGGUGAAUGAAUCGAACGUUAUUCACGUACUGCGUAAUCGUUACCAUUCUUCAUUGCCAUGCACCGUCGUUUCCCACAAUAUGAUGUUUUUCUUCUCCAAGAAUGCAAAACCUGAUUUGGAAACUCAACACUUACUGAAAUCAGUCACGCAGGCUUUCACCCAUUCCAAACUUUUGCCAAAUGUAUACUCUAGUGCCCAACAAGCGUACAGAGGGAUGAUUAUUAACAAGAGACAUCAAUCCAUCCUUGUUCAUGGACAAUCUAAUAUUCAUACAAAACGGGAAAUUGUUCGAGAAGUGAUGAGCUAUUUGUCGGAAAAUACAAGUCCAAAACAGCAAGACAAAGUCCUAAAUCUUCCAAGUGGUUCUAUCACAAUUCCAAGUUUUGUAGACAGGCUAGUAGCACUGACCAACAUGGUUGAGUUUUUCUGUUCUUCUUCUGACAUGCAGUUUGAGAAAUCUACGGUUAUGUACAACUUGGAAUUUGAUUUGGGUGGAAGAAUUAUUGGAAUCAAUUCGCAGAUUUUUCUACUAGACGUGGAGCGGAUAUAUGAAGGUCCUUACUUUGGAAUUCUCCAAGCUCUCCAUGACUUAUCUAAUUGUCCCGUCGAUUUGCUUGCGCCAUAUCCUGUUUUGAAACAACUAAAGAAAGACUUGAAAUUAACUGAUACGGAUGCAGAUAAUACUGGGAACAGAUGGGUUUCGUUUUUUCUCUCUGAUAUUGGAAGUUCUUCAGAUCCAGAAGGAAACCUGUUGCAAAUUUCUAACAUUUUAUCAGCAAUGGUUACCCUCGGACUGGGAGAAACUUUUACAAAGUCCGUAUGGUCUGUAUUUGGAGCUGUGUAUCACUUAGGACAUGUGGUGGGAACUGUUGCAGAUGCACUGCAAAAUAACAAUUCGAAGGGUGGAUCCUCAUCUAAAAGUAUUGAAACGGGACAACAACACUUCAAAAGUGCAUGUUCCCUUCUCGGGCUUUCUUUAGAAAAUGUGGAAAAGACUCUGAUUAUGGAUGACAACGACAUUUCUCGAAUUCGAAAUGUGCUUGGAUUUUCUAUUGGACUCUUUAUAGAAACAGUAAACUCGUUGUUCACCACAGUGAAUAAAUCCAAUAGCGUUGGCUUCAGGAAUGUUCAAUGUUUGAGCAUCAACAUUAUUCAAGUUGGAGUAUCCACAAUAGGGAAUUCUGCCAGAUUUGGAGAUCUUGCUUCAAAUUAUCUGAAUGAUCGAAUAUCUAAGCUGCUAAAAGAGGUCAAUUUUGAUCGUUUGGAAAAAUUGUAUCAAAGCGAGAAUAUUACUUACGAUACACGGGCAGAUUCGGGCACAAGCAAUGGAGAAAGCGAGUCUUUCAAAGAAGCUUAUUUUAUGAAUCAUUAUGAAUCGUUGCCACUGUUGGAUUCAUUCCCUUCAGCUGCCAACCAUUCUUCAAAAGCCAAAGGGUUUCUAUAUUUUAUGGACGAUGCUAAAGAGCCAGCUCGGUGUUUGGAAAAGUUUGAAAGUGAGUUUUAUGGAGAAAACCAGUUCAAGAAUUUGUAUGCUGUGGACUUUCGUAACACGUCCCUCACUCUGGCACACUCGAGCGGAACGCACAUUGUAGAAUAUGAUGUCAAGAAAAUUUUACAUCACGUGGACCUUAUGUCGGCCUCUAAAUUUACCAAUGUUUUGAUUCAAGAUUCGCAAAAGGACAACAUAAAUUGCAUGUUCUUGAAAUCGAGCAAUUCGGUCAUCGGUAUCUGCAUGUCUGCUGCAGCUCCGGACGGGAGCCUCCGUAGAACUGCGAGUAUUCGAAGAAAUUUUUCAACAACUUGGCAGAAGAAAUCGGCAUCAAUUAAUAUUAAGAUUCAAACCGAUUAUCUAACAGACAUUUUGGGAAGGACUCAGAUUCAAUCAAUUAAAUGUCUUAAUCCAUUUAUUCGAAGUGAUGGCGAUAUUGAUGUCCCAUCCUUGCGUCGACAAAUUCGAAGUGACAAUAUUACGGAUUUGAUAAGAUUCUACAAAAGCAGUUAUCCGCUGCACGUGGCUCAGACCGAAUUUGUUCGAAGAUUUAAAUGUUUGGGCAGUCCUGCAAUGGGCGAAGAAGGCUUUAAUGUACAGCAACGGGUUGCUGACAUUUUCGACAAACAAGAUCUUCCAAGUUCUUCAUUUAAAUUAGGAAAUUCAUUGGUAUUCAUGAAGCCAUGGGUGCUUAAUGAGUUGGAAAUUAAACAGACUCUGAAGUUGGAAGAGCUCUUUUCCUCGUUGCAGUCCAGAUGUCGGGGAUCAAUAACCCGAAAGCGUUUGGAAAGUUUAAAACUUCGGGAUGUGGCAAUAAAGUGUAUUCAGAAAAAUGUACGAAAAUUGCUCGCAGUUAGGGACUGGUCAUGGUGGAAAUUAUACCAGCAAAUUUCUCCAUUACUUAAAGUACAAAGCUCACAUGAGAAACUUCAAAACACUCAGGAUGAAUUAUCUUCCCUAAAAUUGAGAUUUGAAAAGGCAGAAGCUGAGCGAAACCGUUUGAAGGAUGAAAAUGAGAAACUCGAGAUUCGCGUAAACGAAUUGAGUGCAGAACUCGCCGAGGAACAAGCAACAUCAGCCGCUUCUGCAGAAAAAAUUGAGCAAGAAAUGACCGAGAAACAGCAAAUUGAAAGUCAACUUGUCAAUUUGAAAACUCGGUAUCAGAGCAUAGAGAACGAGAAACAACAGCUUGAAUUAGACCUUGCAUACUCCAUUUCGGAAGUUGGUGGGGAAGCCAACAGUGCCGAUGAGUUUAAUGAUGAUUCUGUUUACAAACAAAGAUGGGAGCGAUGUAAGAGGGAAUUGGAAAUGACGAAACAGAGGCUGAAACAAAGGGAGCAAGAUCAUUUGGACCAAAUUAUGAUUAUGAAAAAAUCUCUGGAAAAGAAGUGCUGUGACGCAUGGGAAGAGUCCGAAGAGCAAAAACAAAUUGUGGCACAAUUGAAACGCCGAAUUCAAAAAUUGUCCAAUGAGCUGUCUGACGUAAAAUGUUUACAUCAAGAAGAAGCGUCUCGAGCCUCUCUCUUGGAGAAGAAACAACGACGUUUCGAUUCUGAACUUUCGACUUCGAAUAUGCAAUUAGAAAAGGAAAAGCUGAACAAGGAUAAAAUCAUUCGAGAAAGAGAUGCUGCAGUAAUUCAGAAAGAUUCGUUAUUUAACGAGAUGCAGGCUUUAAAAAUGGAGCUGCAAUUAAAAGAAACCAAACUGCAUAACACGGAACAAGAAUUAGAAGAACUUUCUCAAUCUGGCGGAAGCAGUGACCAGGUCAAUGCUUUACGGAAAACAAAGAAUGAUUUACAAAUGAAAGUUAAAGAACAGGAGGAAGAGUUGGACGACAUGGCUGGUCAAGUCCAAACCUUGGAAAGCACAAAGCUCAGAUUAGAGAUGCAGAUGGAACAAAUGAGGAAAGAAUGUAAACGCGAAGUUCAGUUACGGGAAGAGGAAAUUGAGGAUCUGAGAAACUCGACACACAAAAAAUUCAAAGCUCUGGAAUGUCAACUUGAAUCAGAGCAUGAAGAACGGACUACAAUUUUACGUGCCAAGCAGGAACUGGAACGUAGAGUAUUUGAUCUUGAAGAAUUUUCAUCUACUCAGACUGCAUCACAUGAGCAUAUAUCUCGCUUAAAGAAGGAACUAAAACGAACGAAAGCAUUACUUAAGGAUUCUCAAGCUAUGAUGGAGCAAUCUAAAAAUGACGUCCUUAGUAAAGGAAUGUUGAGACAGCUUCGCCACCAAUUAGAAGACUCUGAAUCACAACGAGUACGACUAAACCGUGCAAAACAGAAGGUUGAUGAAGAACUGUCAGAUGCAUUGCUUCAAAUCGAAGAAUUGACUCGAAGGUGCAACGAAGCUGAAAAUGAGAAAAAUAACCUGUCUCGAGAAAAGGCCAAUAUUCAUAUGCAAUUUGAGGAAGGCGAAGAAAAUUUAGCAGAGAUUAUGAAAAAAUAUAAGGCCGCAGUUGAACAACUUACUGUGGAUCAAACAACCAUUACUGAGCAGUGUAUUCAAAUUAGCGAAUUAGAAGCCGCAACCUCCAGUUUAAAAGAAACAAUUUCAGAACUUACGGCAAAGCUGGAAACACUCGAAGGAGACCAUGCAUCUCAGCAGAUUCAAAAACGAUUCCAACUCAAAGUUCGAGAAGUCGAAACCAGAUUGGAAUUGGAAACUACAACCAGAACUCGAUUAGAGGGCCAAGUCAGCAGACUCAAGGAACACAUUGAAAAGUUCACAGAAGAUCUGAAGAACGUACAAACUCGCGAACUUACUGCUGCAGACAAACUUAAGAAAUGCGAGAGGCAGUUACGAGAAAGUAAGGAGGACAUAUUGCGGCUAACUCAGAGAGAAAGCGAUCUUCAAGGUAGAAGGGCCAACUUGGAAAAACAGUUGGAAAGUGCCGACUUGGAGAUUUCUACCCUCAAGGGUGACUUGAAAUUGGCCAUGCAAAGGAUAGAAGACUUGACGAAUGUAAUCAGAGAAUGUGAUGAGACAACAGAUGACGACGACGACGACUCUUCAACAGAGUCCAUCGAUUCCAACAACGACAGUUCCAUCUUAUCUGAUGCUCAAUUCGAUCUUGGCAAUAUUAAGCUUAGCAAACAAAACGACGAAUCGACUGCGUAAUAAUAAUCAUAAUGAAACAAUAAUACUUAUAUAAUGCUUCCAACAGUAUUGUCUACAAUAUUUGUAAUACAUAUUUCAAAUAUCCGCCCGGAUCAAUAAUCUCGAAGAAAAAUGGUGAAUUAGUCCCACAACGAACAGCAUUACUUAUACAUAAUAAUAAUCCGGACAUAAUAACUUAAUAGUAAGAAGCUUUUUUUCCACAGUACUUGGAAGCAUUUAAGUUAAUGACAAUCCUAAGUUAUAGAAUCUGUGCUUGCACGUUAUAUCGUCGUCAUAUACCAUUUAAUAAUUGUGUUGUUGUAAAAAAAUUCAAGCAAUCCAAACUUACAUUUUACAUCACUCUUUACACAAGUCAUUACAAAAUUAUAAGCCAUUGAUCAAGUGUCGUUUUUAAUAAUUGAUUGUGCAUAAUGCAUGCUCAACUGCAAUAAAAAUCGAGUUAUUACACA